UUAUGAAUCCACAUAUAUAACGUUUGACCUAAUAAUCUCGAAGCUAGGGUUCUUCUCUGUAAUUCGCUCGCCGGCACAAAAGAGGAGGAAGAAGACACCCAGCAUCAGGAGUGAAAAUGAAGGGACGCCAAGGAGAGAGAGUUAGAUUGUAUGUUCGAGGAACUGUCCUCGGCUACAAAAGGUCGAAGUCAAACCAAUACCCCAACACUUCUCUCAUCCAGAUCGAAGGUGUGAACACUACAGAGGAGGUUAAUUGGUACAAGGGAAAGCGUAUGGCUUACAUCUACAAGGCGAAGACAAAGAAGAACGGUUCCCACUACCGUUGCAUCUGGGGGAAAGUCGCUAGGCCUCAUGGUAACAGCGGUGUUGUCCGUGCCAAGUUCACUUCAAACCUACCGCCAAAGUCAAUGGGAGCUAGAGUGAGAGUGUUCAUGUACCCCAGCAACAUAUGAGAAGGAGAGUAGAUUCAGGACCUGGGUCUCAUUUCACAAGUAUCAGAAGGAAGCUCCCUUUAUCAUUUCCUAAAAGCUAUAGUUUAUCCUUUUAUUCACAUUUUGUCUUAAACUCUCUGUUGGUUUUGUUCAUCUCUAGACGAAUUAAAACAUUAUUUUUGAUGGAAUCCGAGCAGAAAAGAAAUUAUCUAAAUGAGUUCUUUAAUUGUUUA